AUGGUCCUGAAUUUCUUCCCUCGCCGCCAGCCGUCUAAAGGAGCUACACCAGUGCAUAAACUGCAACUCCAUGUGAUUUAUGACCCGGAGACUCACGGGAAUAGUGUUGCAGAAAUUGAUCUCGUACUUGUCCACGGAUUUGGCGGCCACUACAUGGACACAUGGACCUCCAAACAGGGUGAUUCCAGCGUAUUCUGGCCGGAAGAUUUGCUACUCAAACAAGAAACGCAACCGCCGACGAGAAUUUUGUCGUUUGGGUAUGAUGUUGGAGAGUUGGUGGUGGCCAGCAUUCGCAGCUACGCCCAAAGCAUGCUGACCUUCCUGAACGACCUGCGAGAGGGGAUUGAGAGUAGGCCAGUGGUCUUCCUAGGCCACUGUCUCGGAGGUCUUAUUGUCAAGCAAGCUAUGCGAUUCGCUGAGAACGAGCCAUCGCUCAAAUCGAUCAUUUCGGCCACUAAAUCGAUCAUGUUUUUUGGGACCCCACACGGUGGUGGAGAAAAGAAAGACUGGCGGAAGCUUGCCACUUGCUAUAAAGAACUUGGAUCUAAGUGCCAGAUGAUUGCCGUUCUAGGGAAGAGCACGGAUGACCUUACAGAACUUGAUGAGGAUUUUCUCCGCUUGCAAAAUAGGUUUACUAUCAACAAUUUCUUGGAGCAACGUAAAAUGCCGGGUGCGAAAAGGCUCAUUGUGGAUCAGACGUCCGCAGUGAAGUUCUCUGGCGCUGGUAGUACUGGCGUAGAUGGUGACCAUGUUACCAUGUGUCAGUUCAAGGACGCUCACAAUAAUGCGUUUACUAGGGUGUGCCGGAUCAUCAGAGAUGCAGUCUUCAACGAGGUAGCUACCAACCAUUUAAUCACUCCGCAGACACCCAGGGUAGUCGACAAUCGGGUGGUCAUCAACCAAGAGUUCGUCUUCAACCAAGUGUUUGUCGUUAACGAGCCGCUGGUCAUCGAUGGGCAAGCAGACAUGCGGGCGAAUCACCAAGGGGCAGCGCCAGUAGGGGUGGUAGGGACGCCAGACCUGCCAGCUUCGAUAGAACGCCAAGGGGUAUGGUCAGUUGCCAAUCGGCGAAUGCUGGAGCAAAAGAAAGAAAAAAACGCCAUUGAGGAGCUUUUUGAGAGUUCAAAUCGAGACUGCGGAGAACAGAUUAGAGAAUGGGUCAGAUCUAGCCAACGUGACUCUAAAGUUUAA